UGAUAUAUAUUGUCACGGAGAACUUCUAGACGAUAUACAAAUGCAACAGCUGUAUUCAGACUCGAAAACUUUUGUGGACAAAAAGUUACGACGAAGUGAAGCUGAAAUCAUAAAAUCAUAUAGAGAAUUGAAAUUACGAAAUAACGGUCGAGUGCCUACUCGUGCUGUACUUACUAAAUUUGUUGAAGACAACUUCAGUGAUGACCCGUUGGUCGAGUGGGUGCCGCCUGAUUUUGUUGAGACUCCCACUAUUAGUACUUACGUACAAGAUCAAAAUUACAAGAUUUGGAUUUUACAACUUAAUCAAAUUUGGAAAAGGUUGGCUCGAAGGGUGGAUGAAGACGUUAAAAUAAACCCUGAUCGGCAUUCAUCAAUUUAUUUACCAAAUGGAUUCUUCAUAGCUGGUGGUAGAUUCACUGAGCUCUAUUAUUGGGAUUCGUAUUGGAUCAUAAGAGGGGCAAUACUGUGUGAUAUGAAAGAUUCUGCUAGAGGAAUCAUACAAAAUUUCCUUUACUUGGUUCACCGCUUUGGUUAUGUACCAAACGGAAGUAGAAUUUACUAUUUAAUGAGAUCUCAGCCACCGCUUCUCAUCCAAAUGGCUGCAUCAUAUUAUACGUAUACAGAUGAUUUGGAGUUUAUCAAGAAAAACAUACAAUAUUUGGAAGCAGAAUUUAAUUUUUGGAUGACGAACCGAACAAUAAAAGUUGAAAAGGCAGGUAAUACCUACAUUAUGGGACAGUACAACACACAUACCCGGGGACCACGACCCGAAUCCUAUUAUCAAGACAAAACUUUAGCUAUGCCCUUUUCAUCCAUAGAUGAUAAAAAUGAGUUAUAUUCAAGAUUAAAAGCUGGUGCCGAAACGGGUUGGGAUUUUUCGACCAAACACUAUAAUAAUUUUGGUCAAAAUACUGGUAAUAUGGAUUUCGAAUUCACUAAUUUGGGACGAAAUAAUCUCAUACUUAUUUCGGGAGCCUUUAUGGGCCAACACCAAGUCAACCGCCUUACCAAGUUGGAAGGUCGUGCGUUGGUCUUAAACCAGGAUCGACCUGUGUCAAAAGAUGAAUGGCAACAAAUGGUUCGGCACUUAGUCGAGAUAUUUAAGGAUAAACCGAAUACUCUAUUACCCGU